AUAAGUUCUAGUUAUACUCUUGUCUCUCUCGCUGUGGGUUAGUCAUGGACCAGAAAGUGUUGGAAAUUGCUCUCAAGCGAUCUAUCAAAGAUCAAGCAAUCGCACGGGUCAUCGAAGCAGAGAGUGAAUCGGCCCUUCCCAAGGGAGAGAACUACCUCUCGACGAUCCUGAGGAUUCGGAUGAAAGUCGUCCUGGGGAAUGGAAGAGUUACCAUGAGGAAUCUCAUUGUGAAGAGGGGAGAUGGUUCAGAUAAUGUUGCAGUUUUGAUGAAUGAAGCCUUCAAGGUAGAACUCAAGAUGUACUCAAGUAUCUUCAGGCAGAUGGAAUACUUAAUUGAAGAUGUAGGAGAUUAUGAAGAACCACUGUGGUGUAAAUUUAUUCACUAUGAUUCGAAAUCUUCUUCCUUAAUUCUUGAAGAUUUGAAGGCAGCAGGAUUCAGCCUGGUGCAAAGACAGGUCGGCAUAGACAUGGAACACGGACAACUGGCUCUAAGAAGUCUCGCAAGGUACCACGCCAUAGGGAAGGUUCUUGAAGAGAGAGGAAUCAUAUCCAAGGACGACUUCGACACCCACCCUCUCAUGACCAACAGCCGUUACGUUCAGACGUUGAGCUAUUCUGGACUUAAGACAUUGCGCUUGGCUAUGGUACAGCAUUGGGGUCCUGAAUGGGCUAGCCUCGCUUCCAAACUGGACAUACCUUCCGAUGUUUUCUACGAGAAGGUGAAGUCCUGUAGCGUUUACACAGACGAAGAAUUCGUUUGCCUCAACCACGGAGACUGCUGGACUAAUAACAUCAUGUUCAAGUAUAAUUGGCAAGGAAAGCCCCACUCGUUAAGGUUCGUGGACUUCCAGUUUUCAAACUACAACACUCCAUGCGCAGAUGUCAGCAACUUCCUCUACAUGAGCCUACAACCCAAACUGCGUCGCAAGAACUACAAACUGUUUUUGGAAUACUACUUUGAGGCAUUGAUUAAAUAUUUGGAUAUUUAUGGCUUCAAAGGGACUAGACCUACCUUGAAGGGAUUAGAAGCAGCCAUGGAAAGGGUAUCGUUCUUCGGAAUAUGUUUGUUUGUCUGCUGGUACGCAAGCCUCACUGCGAAAGAGGGGACAGCGACUUUUGACUUGGAUACGUUGUUGAAGACAAGUGGUUCAGAAGGUUUUCACUCGGAUAUGUAUUUGGAAGAUGGCAUCAUCGAGAAGUUAGGGGACGAUUUGAUCGACUUCGUCGAGAAAUACUUCUCUUCGUGA